UACAACCUUUCGCUUCGAAAUGAGUUAAACUUUGUUCCAGCAGCGUUAUGAAUUUAAACAAAAGUAUUAAGUACACUUAGACUUAAAAAAACAGACGCUUAAACUUUUUUACUCGUCCGAAGCUAAUAUGGAGACCCUUAUGGUCUAUCAGAGAUACAGAUGGAUAUUUCUGUUUAUCAAGGUUAUCUUUCUAAUGGAUAAAUUGCUCAAUUGCGAUGGGGUUAUGGUAAACAUAAGCCAGGUAGGACAUAAAUUAGAUGUUCCAGGACAAAUAUUAACUGCUACGGGAAAGAAACAGUGUGUACGAGAAUGUAUGCGGCGGGGGGAUUGCCUAUCGGUCAAUUAUUGGAGGAGCGACUUACGAUGUCAGCUGAACCCCUCCAUAGUGGGCCCGGGUGUUGUUCUAGUCCCGGAUGUUUUGUGUGAUUACAUGGAGAAAAAUGACCAACCUCAGGAACUCAUUCCUGCUGCCUGUCCGUCCGCAUCAUGCUCUUUAAGAUGUACGGUGUUAUCCAGUGGGGCUCCAACUUGUGUAUCUGAUCCAAUCACACCCACCGCUGUGGAGUGUCCUUCGGAUUUCACCUGGAAUCCCUCAGUCAGCCUAUGCUAUAAGGUCAUCGAGACCCCUAUGCUGUGGCAGGGCUGCAAGACACACUGUGAGGCUCUAGGAGCGAGGCUAGCCAUCCUAGACACGCCUGCCAAACUCGACGCUCUCUUAAAUGAUUAUAAUUCAGGAUCUUUAUUCAGUGUUCAAUACUUUAUCGGAGCAUCAUAUAACAACAUCACCUUGGACUGGAGGUGGGUGGAUGGCCUCGCUAUCGACCCUUGGUUCCUGACGUCAUAUCCUGUGACUGGCUCAUCUGGAGUCUGUCUGGUGUGGAACGAUGUUGACCUGCUCAAUCAAUAUUCUUGUACCUUAACGCAACCUUUCAUAUGUGAAAAGGCGGGUGUUACACAGGGACCAAUAACAACAACUUCUGUGAUUCCAACAACAACAACAACACUGAUUUCAACAACAAUGAAUACGACAUCAACGGUAUCAACAACUAUAUUCCCAUCAACAACUACGACUCCAGCCACAACAUUAACAACACCAAUUUUAUCAACAACGGUUCUAACAACAACACCGAUUUCAACAACAAUUCCAACAACAACAAUUCCAAUAACAACGAUUACAACAACAAUUCCAACAACAACGAUAACAACAACAAUUCCAACAACAACGAUAACAACAACAAGUCCAACAACAACGAUAACAACAAGUCCAACAACAAUGAGUCCAACAAUAACGACAUCAACAAUGCCUACAACAACAGUGGUACCAACAACGACCCUUGCACCAACGUCAUCGCCAUGCCCUAGUCCAUAUACAUGGAAACCUGCUGUCUCCUUGUGCUACAAGAACUAUGAGGACACUGAAAAAUGGCUGGAUGCAAAAACCAUGUGCACUGGAUAUGGUGCACGUUUGGCCAUCCUGGAUACUGCUGCUAAGUUGAACAGCGUUCUUGAUGAUUAUGAUGCAUCUUUGCUUAAUAACACGGAAUACCACAUCGGCGCUCAGUAUGUAUAUGGGUCAGGCUGGCAAUGGGUAGAUGGCACCGCCGUGGAUCCGACAUUUUUGUCGAACUACGGCAUUACCAACGUCUCAGGCGAUUGUCUUGUUUGGACUUACGCAUCACUUGUUAUUCAGGACAAGUGCGAUGCUUCGGGGAAAUUCCUUUGUGACAUUAGUGUUUAAAAAAUCAAAUGAAAGACAAGGUUUAAAUAUAUUUUCUGGGACAUCAGUGCACAGGCAAUCAUUUAAUAUAUUCGGUGAAAAGUAGAAAAUCAAAAUUGUCAUUGAUCAAAUUAUUAUGUGACUGAUUAUAGACAAUAAAAUGCCAUCAGUGUAUUUGAUUUUAUUACUUGUUACAUGUAGGUUUGCUACUGACUGAUUAAGAAAAAAUAUCGGGUAGGUGGAUUUCAUAGGCGGCGGCAGAAGUCAAGCUGAGCAGUUGGUUCUGAGAUUGAUCAACCCGAUGUAUUUAUUUUCGUAGGAAGUCAGUAACAAAACUAAUAAGAAUUUUAUUUUCAUUAGAGCUUUCAAGUAACACAUUGACUCGCAAAAAGCUAUCAUCUACGCAAGUGCACAUAAAAGGUGUCCUACACUUCGUCCGCUUUUUUUAGCUCACCGAGACGAAGUCAGGGGGAGC